AUGCUCGAUAACAAGAAGGUUGGCUCGAUGCUCGAUGAAGAAGCUGGCUCGAUAGUGCGAUGCCCGCUGCUGCUUCUCAAUCUUCUCCUGUGGUUCGUGGGGGCGUUCUUCAUGUUGGCCGGGGCGCUUUUUCUGGUGGAAUCGUGGGAGUUUGAGGAAGACGAGCGCAUCUUGCAAAACCUGGACUUUCCCGGCACGCUACUGUCGCACCUGGAGGUGCUGCUCUUUUCAUUCGGGCUCGCCCUGUUCACGGUCAGCUCAUGCGGAUGCGUUGGGGCACUGCGCGAGAACACCUUCCUGCUCAAUAUGUACCCCCACCCACUCACUCUCCUGAUUCUCAUCAAGUUCGUGCUGGGUGUUCUGGUAUUUUUGUUGCUG